AUAACGGUAGUAUGGUAAAUGAGGGUGAGUAGAGAGCAUGGGAACUCUAAAACAGUGUCAGUGUCCAGGAAACAAUUGUAGAGUUUCCAUGCAUAUUUAACUCCGCUAGCAGUAGUAGAUGCAUGGUGCUUUUUACAUGUCAAGCAACCGAUAAAAUAGAAAAGAAGCAACAAGAACAAGUUGGCCUUCUGCAUGAGAUCAAGAAAUUAAAAAACACCCAUUUUUCCCUUUUCUUCUUCCUUUCCAGAUUCCAGAGAGAGAGAGAGAGAGAGAGAGAGAGAGAGAUCAGAAAAUGGCUAUGGGAACAGCAGGAGGAUCCCACAAAGGAAACAACAACAAAGGCAAAUCAUAUGGAGUGAUUAUACUUUUGGCUUUUGGGGCUGCAUUGUUUGGGGUUAUAGUCAUCCACAAGCUAAGAGAGAGACGCAUCUUCAACCUCCUUGUCAAAGAGAAAGACACAGAGCUCAUUUCCCUUCACCUUCUCCUACAGAAGGAAAAAGAGUACACCAAAGAAAUGAAAAGGAGGACUGAAGAGAUGAAAGCAAAGAUAUACUCCCUCAGAACCCAAAAGAUGGAGACUGACAGAAAAAUACUGGAGAUGCAGUCCACAAUUGAUUCCCUAAGAGAUGAACAGAAGGUUAUGGAAUCUGCACUCGAGGAGAAGCUGAAUGAGAUCAACAUGAAUAGAGACACAAGUAUUGACCCAGACGCUGCAAAUCAUCAAAUUAGAGCCCUAAUGGAGCAAUUGAAGCAAAAGGAAUCUGAGAUUGAAGAUUUAAAGCGCCGAUUUGAAAAUCCAUAUAAGAUAUGGUCAGUAAAUACAGAUGACCCAUCAAACUCACAAAUAAAGUUAAACAUGACUACAAAUUUGGCAGAUAAGGAUAAGACAAAGGUCAGUGACAGUGAAGCUAAAGGUGGAAAAAUGCAUGAAUCUACAAGUUACAGCAAUGGAGAUAGCAGAAGUGAUGAUGAAUCCAACACCCCCAUGAAGAUGCUGAGCAAUUCACUUGAAGGUCUCAGAAACAAGGACGCCAUUGAUAAUGGUCAAGAAAACAAAAACGAAACUUCCCAAGAUACCGGUGCUUUAGGUGCGCGAGAGGAAAAUAAUACUGCAAAUGCAACUGAAGGAAUUGGCAGUACAGUUGGGAAAGUAACACAAACUGGUGAUGCUGAUAAUGACAUGAAAGUAGCAGAUAGUCAAGCGUAUAAAGUUGCCAGAGAUGAGUUGCAGGGACUUAGAAGUUAUCAACAGGAAGAGGGCCAAGAACAAGGCACUUUUAAGGGCGGAGUGAAAUUGGAAAUGACUGAUAAUGCUAGAAGUUCCGGUUCUAAGGCGAAGGGAAAACAUGCAAAAGGAAAGCGAUGGAGAAUAAGUGCUCAGAACAGGAGGUUAGAGAAUAACAGAAAUUCUGAAAACAAUGGAGCUACAUUGAGAACAAGAAAAUUUUCUCAUAAUGACCAGGAUGCACCAAUGGACAGAGAAGCAGCAAUAGCUUCUGCCAAGGGAAAAACAGGCAGCAAGGAAAUAAUAAGUGGCGAUAAUCCAUUUCAAGGAGCAAAGGAAGAGGAUUUUUCCAAUGCCAAAUUACUGGAACCUCGAAACUCUGAAGAUUCAGAAGAUCUGAAAAACAAACAUAUUAGAGAUGAUACAACCAACCAUGUAGAGAAAUUUGAUGGGGUGUCAAAAGGGUCCCAGCUAUCUCAGGAUGGGCAGGUGUUGAUUAAUGGAAGAUUUGAUGGAAAGGCUCCUGAAACCAGAAGCAAAGCCAAGAAACAGAGCUCGGUUGAAGUCCAACAAUAUGAAGGCCAAGAAAUUAGCGGCAUCAAUGGAAGCAGAAACGACAGUAACACAAACAUACAAAACAGUGCUGAACAAGUGAAUGCUGCUAGCAAGCAUGAAAGGCCAGAAGAAAUAGAGCCUCAAAUUAUAAACCUUGAGACAGCUGAAGCCACUGGAGACUUUUACAGGGAAUCAGUUUCUGAUUUGGAAGAAGGCAAAGAAGAGUACAAAGAGGAAACAGACGAGUCUGAGUUCUAGCUAACUAAAAAUAUGAACGCUAUUUUGCUUGCUGGUAAUUUUCAAGUAUUUCACCUUUAUUACAAAGACGUAGUGGCUAGUGCCAGCGUCCACAAUACAGUGCAAUCCUCCUCUAUGAAAGAACACAGGCCCGAGUUAGGAGCUACAACUAAAUGGCUAUAAGGAUUACCUGAAGAUGACACUAAUGAUCUGAAAGGCGCCAACUUUAUAAGAAUAACAUGCCUGUUGCAUUA